AUGGUCAAACAAUUCGAAUCCGAGUUCUGGGCGUUUGGACUCGACAUUGUCGUGUGUAAAUGCACCGAUCCAAGAGACGAUUGGGAAUAUCUCAAAUGGCUGGAAAUUAUGGACCAAGUGACUCUCCUUCACUACACAUCCCAAUCGCUGCGCAACUUUUUUGAUAUUUGGAGACUCCAAGAUCAAGGAUUGGUCCAGUUCCCGCCGUUGGAGGACUUUCGAAACUGUUUUGCCAAUCAUGGCGUACGAACCAUUCUGUGCGAGUCGGUGGGGUCCAAUGAAGGACGCAACUAUUGGUUGGAAUACAUUGACAUGGAAACCACACCCGACUACAGUACACCGUACAAUGUCAAUUAUGGAGAAGGUUCCUUCAAGAAAAGAGGAGACGACGAACAAACAUCCUACAAAACUGUCAUUCACGGACAUCACAAGGUCCCGGAAGGUGUUGUGGUGGAAGAAUUGGGAGGGGUCCAGAAACUCACUGACCCAUGUUCUCCAGAAGUCCGAGCCCUGUUGGAGGAAAAGGACUUGCUCGCCGUAUAUCAAGACUGCAUGAAAUCCAUUGCCAGUGCCAAUCCACGCGCAGUUGGAUUCGGCAUGAGCUAUCGAUGGUUCGAGUUUAUCGACAAGACCAAAGCCAAAACAUAUGUCCCUCAAUACAAUGUGAGCAGUUAUGACGAAAUGCUCGAAUUGAUCCAGACGACUCUCCACUUUCCCAAGGGCAUUGCGGUAGAACUGCUCAUGGAUCGAAAGACAGUCAUGCAAACGGUUCCGGCAGGUGUCAAGACCAUGAUGGAAGCCAAGGAUUGCAUGGAUUUGUACAAUGCACUGGUGGAUGUCUUGUGUCAAUCCAUGGUGGGAGACGACAAUAACGACGCCAGCGAAGCUCACAUGAAAGAACUCACCAACGUGCUGGGACCCAAAUUUGAAACCAAAGGAGUCUCCGUUUACUUAUCUGGCAAGAAAGAGACAUCCCUGGAAGAAGGAGCCAAGUCAUUCUUUUGGGUCGAGUUUGUUGACCGUGUAGCUCAGCCAAACUAUGUGGCCCAAAGAGGCAUUGACAUGAAGAAGCUCCCCACUGAAGGCUUUUCCAAGGAAGAAGCUCUGUUAGCAUCAGGAUCCGUAGCCUUGGAACUUGCAGAAGAGCUAUUUUAUGCACUGAUUUUUGUAUGA